AUGACGACGGCGUCGCUGCGGCCGCUCGUCCUCGUCCUGUCUGGCUUCCUCUCCGAUGGAGAGUGCGACUUCAUCAAGUCGUACGCCGCGAGCCGGAUGGUGCCGUCGGGGCUCGCAGUCAUGGACGGCACGCGCGGCGACCAGUCCGACGUGCGCACCUCCACCCAGACCUUCAUGCAGAGGGGAGGGUCGCCGCGCAUCCGAGCGCUCGAGGAGCGGGCGCACAACCUGACCCGCCUCCCGUACGACAAUGGCGAAAACAUCCAGGUGGUGCGGUACGAGAAGGGGCAAAAGUACGGCGCGCACCGCGACUUUUUCAACCCAAACGACUACCACCGGCAGCCGUCCAUGCUCCGCUCGGUGGAGUACGGCGCUCGCAACCGGCUCGCCACCGUCUUUUGGUACUUGCAGUCGGUGGACGAGGGGGGGGAGACAUUCUUCCCGCGCGCGCUCAACGAGGAGGGCAGGGAGUACAACCCGUGGAACGGAGACCACGAGGACUGCUACCGCGGCCUGUCCGUCCCUCCCGUCCGGGGCAACGCGGUGCUCUUCUACUCGAUGGUGCCCGACGGGCGGCUCGACGAGCGGUCGCUGCACGGCGGUUGCAAGCCGCGCAGCGAGAAGGCCGAGAAGUGGGGCGCCAACCAGUGGAUCUGGAACCACCCGCAGCGGUCAGGCUACUUCACAAAGACGCCGCCGCGGCGCGGGCUCAAGGCCCGGCGGCCGUCGGCCGCUGGCUGCGCCGACGAGGAGGAGCACUGCGAGGCUUGGGCGGCGGGCGGCGAGUGCGAUAAGAACAGCGGCUUCAUGGCGCGGUCGUGCCGCGCCUCGUGCGGCCUCUGCUGAGGCGGGGGCGUCGGCGGUUGAGUAUGCGACGCAGCCGCUCGUGUGUGUGUGUGGUGGGGCGAGGUCGAGCGGGCAAUCCCGUUGAAAGAGGCGGAGCUGUACAGUGAUACACAAAGCUAUCCUACG